AUAUCCGAAUAAACAAUAUUACUUUCUUAUCUUAUUAUUUUCAUACACAAAAAAAAUUUCCCGAGAAAAUUUGAAUAAUUUUCCAUGAAAGUUCUGGUCUUGGGUCGCCGCUUGUCCCUUUCCUUAUAUAACAAGACCUCCCCUUUACUCUUAAUCCCAAAUGUUCCCUCGCCCAACUUUCGUCCCCGCACUUUACCACCGAUUUUCACGGUCCCCAAACACCACAGGAACUUGAUGGCCGCUUGUGUUGGAGCUUCAAGAACCUCCAUAACUGAACCCAAACCAGUUUCCCGCGACCCAAACAGGUCUCAAAUCGACGACAAUGAAUACAACUACGUGGAAUUCUGCCGACACGUUUCCUGCGUUCCCAUUUGCCCGGAUACGAAUAUAGACGAGGCUGAUCAAGACGAAGAUGAACACAUCGUUGAUCUAUGGCUGAAAAUGAAAGAGGAAGCUCGGUUCGAUGUGGAGCAGGAACCCAUAUUGACAAAUUACUAUUACAAUUCGAUCUGGUCGCAUAGUUCAUUGGAGAGCGCGUUGGCCAAUCAUCUUUCAAUGAAACUGAGCAAUUCGAGUCUUCCUAGCGGUACCCUUUUCGAUCUUUUCGUGGGGGUACUUGUGGGGGAUGUGGAAAUCACGGGGGCCGUGAAGGAUGAUCUGAGAGCAGUGAAGGAGAGGGACCCUGCUUGUAUAAGCUACGUGCAUUGCUUCUUGAAUUUCAAAGGGUUUCUUGCUUGCCAAGCACAUAGGGUGGCACAUAAGCUGUGGUCACAAGGCAGGAAGGUCUUGGCUUUAUUGGUUCAGAACAGGGUGUCUGAGGUUUUUGCGGUGGAUAUCCAUCCGGGAGCUAAGAUUGGGCGUGGGAUAUUGCUCGAUCAUGCCACCGGUGUGGUGGUCGGAGAGACGGCUGUGAUUGGGAACAAUGUGUCAAUUUUGCACAAUGUGACAUUGGGAGGGACUGGGAAGGUUUGUGGGGACAGGCACCCAAAGAUUGGUGAUGGGGUGUUGAUAGGGGCAGGGACUUGUAUUCUGGGGAAUAUUAGGAUUGGGGAUGGGGCUAAAAUUGGGGCUGGUUCGGUUGUGCUUAAGGAUGUUCCACCUAGGACAACAGCGGUUGGGAACCCAGCUAGAUUGGUUGGGGGGAAGGACAACCCAGUUAAGCUUGAUAAGAUUCCUGGUUUAACUAUGGACCAUACUUCACAUAUACAUGAGUGGUCUGACUAUGUUAUUUAGGGGCAUGUCUCAGUUUUUUUUCUUAUGCUCCUUUUGUAUUCUGAUUAGCUUCUUAUAACCCGGGUUUCUUGUCUGUGUUGUAAGUGAGAAUAGAAGUUCUCCUAGUAGCAAACAGGGUACCCUUAAGCUGCUAAUGUAUCUAUGUUGAAGGGCUGUUUUAUGUUUGUAAUAUUACAACCUGCCAUGACUGUCUGUGAUCAUGUGCUGCUAUAUAAAGUUUUUUUUUUCUUUUGUUA